AAUUACCAAAGUGGUUUUCGAGCCUAAUCAUUGCUGCUGGAGACCAUGUGGUGUGGCCUGCCAUUUGACAACCUGUUUUUCAUCAGUUUGUGGUAGCUGUUCAUCAUCUUCUUCUGCUUCCCUAAAGUGUGUUUCUGCUUUCCUUUUGGGGUUCUUUCCAACCCCUUCUUCCUUUUCUUCUUUUUCUUCUGCUUCUGCUUUUUUUACUUGAACUUAACCAAAUCUUCGCUUACUACUGCUAAGAACAAGUGUUAGCUUUUGCUGCUGAAUCUGAUCACUCUCAUGGCUGCUGAAACUGUUGCCUCACUUCAAAUUCCUACCACUGAUGAGCAAGUUGAGAAGAAGAUCAUUGAAGGAGAAAAGGCUAUCGAACAAGAUGGUGUUUCUUUAACCAAAGAAAAUGGAGAAGAAGCGCACAAAACUGAGGAUUUAGAGGGUCUAGCAACACCAUCCGAGCCUCCGGCAGUUGAGGCUGAGAAGGCUGCUGAUGCUCCCGCGCAAGAUGUUCCGCUUGUAGAAGAAACAAAAUUGGAAAAUGAAGCCGUUCCUGAUUCAAAAACACUCGAUAUCCCAAAGCAUGUGGUUGAUGCUGUUGAGAGCCCGAUAGAGGUUCAGAGUGCAAUUGAGUCUGUAGAAAGAGAACUGCCCAAAGAAGUGGCCACAGAUAGCAUUGAAAUGGGUCAGGUGGAGCAACCAAAGAUUGUUGGUACUCCUGUGCCAGAUGUUCCGCUCGUAGAAGAAACAAAGGCGGAAAAUGAAUCCAUUCCUGAUUCAGAAACACUCAAUAUUCCAAAGCAAGUGGCUGAUGAUGUUGAGAUCCCGGCAGUGAAGUGA